AUGAAAUUUUUCGUGGUAUUCAGUGUAUUACUCGGUGCCGUGUACUUAGUGCACAGUGACACCUACACAUUUAUCGUAGAAAAGACCAACGUGACUGUGGCCGAAAGCAGCGCCGCCAUUGAUACGUUGAGAAUAAUUUGGAAUGACUUCGACACCACCGACGAGGCGCGCAUUAAACUCUUCUGCGAGCUGUUCAAUCAAUCGUACAACAAUACCCGAGGAUGGAACGUCGUGCUCGGAAAAGAUUACACCGUCUAUUUCAGCAGCUUAAACACCUCUUUCAUCGAUGUCAAAAUGACGGCCAAAACCAACUCUACGUUGUUGAAAAUUUUUAGUAUCUAA